UAUUGAUGAUCAUUGCGACCCCGUGCUGUGCAACAUUAGGAGAAUACAGCUCUUCAAUCGCAGGGAGGAUAGGGUUAAGAUAAUCUUCCAUCCAGAGUUCCUCUCUGCCACAAACCCCCUCUUCAAGAUGGACUACGAAGAAUUUGUUCGCGGCUGCCAUCUUGGCGUCUUCCCGUCUUAUAUGAACCAUGGGGAUACACUCCUGGUACAGAGUGGCUUGCCUCAGUUGGUGGAGCCCUCUCUAGAACACAGAGUGCUCUGCCUUACUCUGUAUGAGUGAUUCGGCCCAGCCAGCUGAGCUGCCUCAGUAGCUCAGUUGGUAGAGCCCUCUCUAGAACACAGAGUGCUCUGCCUUGCUCUGCAUGAGUGAUUCGGCCCAGCCAGCUGAGCUGCCUCAGUAGCUCAGUUGAAUAACAGUGAACUUUCUCGUUUGCUUCUCUUCUCCCCCUCCCUCCCUCAGUACUAUCGCACAGCCAGACGCAGAGCCCUUGAGACUACUCAUCCAGAGUACUACAGCAGUGAGAGGCGCGGCUCCGGAAGUGCCACGCCCACUUCUUCCACUCCUGGGUUCCGAUAUCCUCGUCCCCUGAGUGAGCCUCCAUCGCGACCUCCUAGUGAGAUUGGAGAUGAUGAGGGUGACGAGCAGCAGUGACCUCUGGUAAUUGUUUUGUAGGUGUAUCUUUGCUGCUCAGAAAGGGGGAUUGCCUCCGAUCUGUACCCAUAAUGUUAUUGAUGAUCAUUGUGACCCCGUGCUGUGCAACAUUAGGAGAAUACAGCUCUUCAAUCGCAGGGAGGAUAGGGUUAAGAUAAUCUUCCAUCCAGAGUUCCUCUCUGCCACAAAUCCCCUCUUCAAGAUGGACUACGAAGAAUUUGUUCGCGGCUGCCAUCUUGGCGUCUUCCCGUCUUACUACGAACCGUGGGGAUAUACUCCUGCGGAGUGUACUGUGAUGGGUAUACCGUCUGUCACCACCAAUCUCUCUGGGUUCGGCUGUUUCAUUGCACAGCACGUCGCAGAUCCCGCCACGUACGGCAUAUACAUCGUGGACCGACGUUUCAUCCAACAGCUGGCAAACUACAUGUUUGAGUUCUGUAGCCAGACACGACGUCAGCAGGAUCAUUCAGAGGAACAGAACUGAGCGACUCAGUGACCUGCUAGACUGGCAAACUCUGGGACAGUACUAUCGCACAGCCAGACGCAGAGCCCUCGAGACUACUCAUCCAGAGUACUACAGCAGUAAGAGGCGUGGCUCCGGAAGUGCCACACCCACUUCUUCCACUCCUGUAAGACUAUGAUGUAAUGGUUUCAUAAUUGCCUUGGAUAGAGAGCUCCUCUCUAAGGACACUCCUGAAAUAAGGACACCCCACCAAUCAGGACACAUUGCUGAUGAUGUCAUCUUGAUUGUGUUAACGAUGAUGUAAUGAUGACAUAAUUAUUAAUUCCCAGGGGUUCCGAUAUCCUCGCCC